GCUUUGUAAAAUUGUCGUAUUGAACGACGAGUCGGUGACUAUUUGUGUUUUAUUUAACCUUGUAUCAUAAUCUUAAAAUGAAGCCCGACAAGAAUGGAAAUGUUGACGAGGAUUGUGCUUUUCUGGAACAAGUUUUGGAUUCGUUAUACGAUUUCGGAAGUGGAGCUGGGAAAAGAAAAAAGAAAAAGCAAAAAAGAUAUGAGGAAAAAGCCCUUCCUGAAGAUGCUGCUAAUGUCUGUAGCUUCGAUGAGAACCAUGUUGGAGGACAAGAGUCCUUGGAUGUGACUGUCCACGAUCAAAAUCCAGCUGUCAAGCCGGUGAGCCAGGUGGAGGUGGUGAGCUUCCAGGACCCCGCCAAGAGACAAAAUAAGAUCACACAGAUGCCCACUGUCAAUGAAACUAUUCCACUGGAGACUUCGAAGAAGCAGAGUGCUCCGCAACAGGGUGUCAGUUUGGAAAAGGCUCGACUGGAGGUGCAUCGCUUCGGCAUCACGGGCUACAAAAAGGAGCAGCAGCGAGUCUAUGAGGAGGAGCGCGCCAUCAUGUUGGGCGCACGGCCUGCCAAGAAAAACUAUUUGAACUACAAGGUGCUGCAGCAGCAAAUCAAAGACAAGAAGGCAGCGGCGAAAAACGAAGUGCAGUCGGACCUGAGGAAAAAGAAGAAGAAUCCAAGCAGGGACAACAAGAAGAAGACGCCGACGUCUGGCUCGUCGUCAGCACCCACCGGUCAGGUGGGCCGCUUCAAGGACGGGAUUCUGAUCCUCAGCCCCAAGGAUGUCCAGACCAUGAAGGCCACGGUGCGACGCAAAUGAGGAGAAUCUGUUCUUUUUCCGCAUGAAGGAAGGAAGGCUUCAAACUCGGAAGACAAAGGCGGCGUCUGCAUUUAGGUGGCGUCUUUUACCUAAAACCAGGUGAGAUCGCAUCUGGUACGGACUAUAGAAAGGUGAACAAUCAGUUCGCUUGAAGUGAACUCUCCAAAGUCCCAAUGAUUUACAUUUCCGGAUUUCGAAACGAUGCCAAAGUCAAACGGAAAAGUUGAAAUCGUCAUGUGUGACAUCAGUAAACCUCACGCGACUUCAGUUAAUAUUUGGUGGGGUGGCAUUUUUGUGAUGAGGGAGGUGAACUGCUCAGUACAAAAAACGCACCAGACCGUACUUGUCUUUAUUUCAUCACAGGUAAUUUAUUUCUCUCCUGUUUUUUAAAAUAUAAACAACCAAGAAGAAGA